CCAAGAUACAUGUACCUGUUGUAGGUAAAGACUGUGGAAAAGAACUAAAUUAAGGUACUGAACUAAUGGGAAUAAUCUCACCGCCUUAAUUUCUCGUGCCAAAAAGUUGCUCCCCAAUCGUUGCGUGGCUUCAGCGACUGCCCCUCCACCGGCGGCCUUUGCCUUUGCCUUGGGCCAGGUAAAGUAGUCUCCCUCCAUGGAUCCUUCUCCAGUCUCCUCCAGAGCCCAGAGGGAAAGUAGUGCCCCCCUUUUUCCCAUUAGCUUACCUUAACUGCAACGUUGACGUGGGAAUAUCUUUUCUAGCCUCCCUUGCCUUUGCUUCCACCUCCUUUAUAAACCUCCCCAUUCCCUCUCAUCUCUCUCCGAACCCUUACACUCGCUAGCAUACUACGUGUGUCGAUUCGUGACAUCGUUUGCGCGCAUCGUCUCUACAGAUUGUUCUUUGUCUUGUCUGUAACAUCUUCAUACCGCCUCUGAUCAUCAUGUCUUCAAACGGUACUCAGGAGGCCCCCAUUGAGGUCCGCCGCAUCUGCUGUGUCGGUGCUGGUUACGUUGGUAAGUUGCAGAAACCUUUUCCAAUCGACUCUCCAUGAGAGAGGAAAAAGCUGGUGUAUCGAAUUUGCGAGAGUUGUGGCAAAGCGCUCGAUAUCAUGACUGCGCGCUUAUCAACCCCUCGAAAUGCUAUACACCACUCCCAUAACGCAAUUGAGUUCCAACAAACUAACAAACUUCACACAGGUGGCCCUACCGCUGCUGUCGUCGCUUUCCAGAACCCCAACAUUCAGGUCACUGUUGUUGACCGAGACACUACCCGCAUUCGCCGUUGGAAUUCCCGCCACCCCCCUAUCUACGAGCCCGGUCUGCACGAUAUCGUCCGAAUUGCCCGUGAUGGUGGCCGACCUACCAAGAUCUCCAAUGAGCCUACCACUGACAGUGAGGGUUCCUCUGCCGAGGAGGGCGAGAUCGCCGUCGCUGAGCGCAAGCCCAACCUGUUCUUUUCCACCGACAUUGCCAAGCACAUUGGCGAGGCCGAUAUUGUGCUUGUUGCCGUUAACACUCCCACCAAGUACCGUGGUGUUGGUGCCGGCAGCGCCACUGACAUGACCGCUUUCGAGGCUGUCACCGGUGUUGUUGCUCAGUACGCCCGCGAGGGCGCCAUCAUUGUCGAGAAGUCGACUGUUCCUUGCCGAACUGCCCAGCUUGUCGCUGAUACUCUUAACAUGCACCGCCCUGGUGUCCAUUUCGAGAUUCUCUCCAACCCCGAGUUCUUGGCUGCUGGUACCGCCGUCAACGAUCUCCUCUACCCUGACCGUAUCCUGAUCGGUUCUGCUCCUACCCCCUCUGGUAAGCGAGCUGCCGAGGCUCUCGUCAAGGUUUACAACGCCUGGAUUCCUCGUGAGCGCAUUUUGACCACCAACGUCUGGUCUUCCGAGCUCGCUAAGCUUGUUGCCAACUCUAUGCUGGCUCAGCGUAUCUCCUCCAUUAACUCUAUCUCCGCUGUCUGCGAGCAGACUGGCGCGGAUGUUGAUGAGGUUGCCCGUGCUGUCGGUGUUGACCCCCGUAUUGGUAACAAGUUCUUGAUGGCUGGUAUCGGUUUCGGUGGCAGCUGCUUCAAGAAGGAUGUUCUCAACCUCGUCUACCUUGCUGAGACCAUGGGUCUUCCCGAGGUCGCUGAGUAUUGGCGCCAGGUUGUCAAGAUGAACGAGUAUGCCCGUGACCGUUUCUCCAACCGUGUCAUCAAGUGCCUCAACAACACCCUUGUUGGCAAGAAGGUUACCAUUCUUGGCUUUGCUUUCAAGAAGAACACCUCCGAUACCCGUGAAGCUCCCGCUCUUGAGAUGAUCAAGACCCUUCUUGAGGAGCGCCCCCGUGAGGUGGCUGUCUUCGAUCCCUGCUGUAACCCUCUGGUUAUUAAGGCCGAGAUCAAGGAACUCCUCGGACCCCUCGCUGAGGGACAUAACAUCACCGUUCACGGCAAUGCCUACGAUGCUUGCGACUCCAGUACCGCCAUCAUCAUUGCUACCGAGUUCGACGAGUUCCGCAACCAGCCUCCUCCUCCUCCCGCCCCUACACCUGCCGUCCAGUCCAAGACCAUUGGCCGCAAGCCCAACCCCAAGGCCGACCCUCGUCCUUUCGAGAGCGCCACCCCCAGUGCCAACGAGCUCCUCGCUCUCCACAAGCACCUUGUGCAACGUGCCGAUGUCCAGUCCCAUGACCCUCUGGACCGCUUCAACGUCGAGCCCAGCUGUGAAGAUGACUGCCCCGACUGCAUCCAGGAGCGUGAGAGCAAGGACACUGGCUUCGCUACAGGAAUGGGAAGCUCCGAGGAGUACAAGCCGAAGGAGCGCGUUGACUGGGUCCGCAUUUCUGAGAGCAUGGCCAAGCCCCGCUGGGUCUUUGAUGGCCGUGGUGUCAUCGACUCUCGCGAGAUGGUCAAGCUUGGCGUUCGCGUCGAGAGUGUUGGUCGCCAGCACCGCUUCUAGAUGUCUCACCUGAUUUUGAGACAGACACAAUUUUUUCGACGGCCGACUUUUAGAUUUCUUGAUUGUAUGAAUUCGUCGACUGUUGGCUAAGAUUAUACCGUUUUUAAUAAGCAUGAAAUGACACAUGGACGUGGUUGAUGAUACACGCCGAGAUACACUGGAAGGACAUGGCGGAUGCACGGCGUGAACAGGUGAAGAUGUUUACUGGACAUAGAUUUAGAUUCGAAGAUGUUAAAAAAAUGUGAUGCGAGAGCAAUGUUUCUAUUACCUGAUGUCUAUACUCUAUAGUACCUGGGUUUAUUUAUGGCCCUCUGACCCAUAGUAGUAGCCGUUUGAACUCUGGCGAUGAACAGAUCAGACUACCCCAUGUCUAUCAAUUAAGCUUAAGAUGGGGAGGCCAGCAGCCAGGUAGGUACUAGC